CAAAACCCUCUUCAAUCUUUGACGAACCUUGUGUAAAAGUUUGUGACGAAAAUAUAUAACCGAACAAGAUGGACAAUAAGUUAAUACGCAGAUACAAGUUUUCAUAAAAGUAACAAAAAAUUUCUAUCUACCAUUUCUCCCUGGAAGUCAAACACUUUUUCAAAAACUUUCAUUUCUUCAAAGCCGUCAAGUUUUAUAAGUUAGUGCGCAAUUCAGAGUAAGCAAUUUCAAUAAUAAUCAUACACAAUGCCGUUGGAGUGCAUUUCCAAACCGUUGCAAAGGGAGCUGGCAGACUCCAUAAUUCGCCUUGCACAUCCAGACGACUUGCGAAUCUUGCUGGCUUGUGGGGCUAAAGUAAACGAGGCUGUGACACAGGGUCUGCGCCCAAUCCACUACGCGGUGUGGCAGCGAUACGCCGAGGCUGUGAAUCUCCUCCUCGUUCGAGGUUGCGACGUGAAUUCGACGGACGACUGCGGAUAUUCACCUCUGCAUCUGGCAGCGGAGCAUGGCUACAUCGAAAUGAUGAAGAUGCUGCUUGCGAACGGGGCAAAAACGGAUUACCGUGAACCCCUGGAGAAAGGCGUGCUUUAUCCACGGACCACGAUGAGCGAUGAACCGCUUCGUCUCGCCAUCAAGAAUAAUCACUACAACGCUGCGAGGAUUCUUCUGGACGCCAGAGCCGACCCCAACGCCCGCUACUUUUUUGGCUCCGAAAUCAACCUCGUUCCUCCUUUGGAUGUCGAGUACUUGGAUCUUCUGCUCAAUUAUGGGGCUUAUCCGGACUCGAGGGAUAGACAAGGACUUACCCAACUCAUGAGGGCUUGUCGACUCCCACAAGGGAUCGAGUCUGUCCUUUGUCUUAUUCAGCAUGGUGCAGAUGUCAACGCGAUGACGGACGAUCGUCACGACAAUCGGACCGUUCUCCACUACGCUGUCCUCUCUGGAAAUUUGGAAACGGUUUCUCUCAUCCUCAAGCAAGGGGCGAGGGUCAAUUUUGAUAAAGAAUUCCAAAAACCAACCCCACUCGAUUUGGCAAUACUCAAAGGAGACGUGGCCAUGGCUAAGUUGCUCAUCAGUGCAGGAGCGAAUGUGAACGCCUCGUCUCCCAUAAUCGGGUCACCACUUCACGUCGUGUCCUCGGAUAACAUCCCAAAUCGACUGGCUCUUCUUCAAGUGCUGCUCGAGAAGGGGGCAGACCCCAACCUCGUGGUUAUCAGUGAUGACGGGAUGCCUCUCAAGUCCCCGCUGGGCGAGUACAUUUCCUCCAACACCGAAUUGGACCCCAAGUUUGUCCGCCUCCUUUUGAAGUUUGGGGCCAGAGUGAUAAUCAAAUCUCAGUUCAGGGACCCUCUCGGAAUUCUCAACUGCCUCGCUAAUCUCGCCCAACACCACGACCUGUUCAACGAGGUUCUCGCUUCGGCGGAGGAUUUCGACCCGCCCAUAAUUCGGAGGUGUCCUGCCCUCUCAGCGGAGCAGAAGACGCACGUCCUCACCCUCUCGAAGACCCCGCUGUCCCUGAAACACCAGGCGAGAUUGUACUUGAGGGACACGUUAGGAAAAAAGCUCCCCUACGUCAUGUCCGAGCUGGGUCUGCCCAAGGUCCUCGUCAAGUAUGUACUCUUUGAAAUCAGAUAGAAGUACGUGAAUGGUGGGGAUGUGAGUCGAGGUUAAAAAUAUUUAAGUAACUUUUAUGCAAGUAUUUUACUCUUACUUUAAAAAUAACUAAAGCCUGACAGCCGCUCUUCUUGUUUUAUAACUUUUGUACGAGUUCAUUCGUAAUUUUAUAAAAUUGUCGAUCCAAACGAAAAGGAUCACCAUUGUUUCCUGCUGAAUUUUUUUUGAUAUUACGUAUUAAAGGGUUUACUUCUUCUUUUAGUCGUUAUAACUUUUCUCGUAAUUGUACCAGCAAUUUCUUGUAAUUACAAUUAAAAUUAAUAUGCCAACGCUCAUGAUCCAGUUUUUCGCUUGUUCGCAGUCGCAAUAAUUCAGCAACAUCUUGUAUUAGUUAUCUUGUUAAUUUCGCUGCUAAAUAGUAUUAUGACGACGAACUGUACACAUAUUUACAUCAUUCAUUCAUUCAUUAUACUGUUGUGCCAAUAAAUCUUUCUAGUCCAUCACCACCACCA